AUGGCAUCCAUACCAAAUAGCUUUGAAUGGAGUGAAACCAAACCUGGUCGAUGGGAGCGUGAUAUUGACGAGGCGGAGCAAUUCUACACAUCGCUGGCAAAAGCGUAUGAAGGGACUGGAAGAACGUUCUUUGCCAUGACAGGCUUCAUUUCAGUUUAUGUUCCUGCAGAGGACAUUUCUCCAAGCCACCUGACCGAGAAUCGAGCAGAAGAAGCUCUACGGAAGGCCUGGCUUCGACUACGGCACGAUCAUCCCACAAUCGCAUCGAGAGUGGAAUACGACGUGUACGGGAAAAAGUGUAAAAAGAUAUAUGAGACGUUCACUGAAGCGUCCUCUCAGGAGGAUUGGUUGGAAUCAACAUUUCAAGUACUGUCAACCGGCGCAUCAGGCCUUGACUGGUGCAAUUCGGAUCCGCCGGUCCCGGCAUUGCCGACUUUAUUUCUGAUCAAAGAGCCACCCUCAGCUGAUGGGGCCUUUCGGGCGGAUGUUGUUCUUCGAGCUCAUCAUGACAUUAUUGAUGGAAUGGGUACAUUGAUGCUCUUUAACAAUUUAUUCGCACAUGCCGCAGAAAUCUAUAAGUCGGGAGCGAGUUAUACCUCUUCCUGUUUUGGUGGGGAAUGGGUCAAUUUGAGCCCGCCACUCCGCGUGGCUGCUGGGAUACCUAAGGAUUUAAGGCCAGAUCAACAAGAGCGGCUACGAAAUAUCAUUCAUUCCAAGGAAUCCAUCAAGGAGGACGUUGAAAUUGCUAGCCUCCCAUUCCAGAGAGAUCGGACGCAGCCAGGUAAACAUCAGCGUGUCGCCACCACUCUAUCUGUGGAGCAGACGAGGGAGUUGCUGGAUAAGUGCCGGGAGGCUGGCCUCAGCAUUACCCAUGCGUACCAUACAGCAAUUGCGAUCACUGUCCGGGACAUGCAGGAGAGACGCGCAGAUGAGCGCAAGGUUCGUUAUAUCAACUACAGCCUCAUUAACGAGCGUGGUCACUGCAGGAAUCCAUAUAGUACACGGGCCCACCCGGCGACGGCAUACCACUCUGUAUCAGGAAACUCCCUGAUAAUCGAUUUGGACGUUGCAUCGUCGCUGGACACGGCUGAUGUGGCGUCUGCCGCAGCGAACGACAAAACAGAAUUCUUGGCUAUUGCCCAGGAAGUAAAAGACUUUUAUGUCGGCAUACGGGAUGAUAAGGAGCACAUAUUUCUUGUCCCGUCUUAUUGGAAGAUGGCUACCAUUCCGUACCCCAGUGAUGGAGCAACUCCGCCUGUCCCGGCACGCAACGAGAAACCGUCUGCUUCGAUAUCUAGCAUGGGUGUCCUUGAUAAAGUGAUAAGCCCUACCCAUAGGCCAUUCCAGCUCGACAAUCCAUGGGUUACCGGAGAAGAGCUAGGGACGGGACUUGGUCUGUUCUUGGGCACUUGGAAGGACAAGUUGAGUUUGAGUGUGGCAUAUAACGAUGCAUGGCAUGACAAGGACGAGGCAAUGGCAUUUUUGGAGAGAUGCAACCAGACGACACUUGGAGCGCUGGGGGUACAAGUGUGA